CGCUGCGAGAGAACUUUAAUAAUGAAGUAGACCACGGAGUGCGCGUGUGCUCACGUUAACUUUAGGAGCGUAAAUUAAAGGGGAAAACACGGCUAGUGAAAGACUGCGCUCCUCGGAGUUUGGCUUAUAGCAGUGAUCUGUCGGUUGGAGCGUUCCGCUCCGGUGCGGCCAGUGCAGCUCUCAUGAACUUAGGGAGGACUUCCCCGCGAGCUUCACUGACAGCGCGUGCACUGACUGGCGCGAGCUGUUCCUCGCGCUUCACGCAGCUCGACCACUUGAAUAUUUUUGGAUGAGCAUGUCAACAGAGUGAAUGCGGACGGACCUUCUGGAGAGUUUGGAAAUCGUAACAGCGCACAACUCCUAAAAGUGUCUGGACUGUAGUUAAGGGGAGUGGAAGUUCAACUGAUGGAGAAUACACAGGAGCUGAAUGAACAGAGCGUGAAGAAAUUGACCACUGAUUCCCAUGCUCCAGACCCAGUAGACAACAGGGCCUUGGAGAUGCAGGAACUAACAGACCCCCAGCACUCUGUUAACAGUGGCAGUGACAGCACAUCCAAACUGGACAAGAACAUCCUCAGCAACAACAUCACGACCAAUGGAACCGGAGGUAUGAAAGAACGUCAAAUCAAAGAGAAAGAAAGAAAAAAAGAAAGAAAUUUCCAACGAGAGAACAUGACAAUUCUAAACACGGCUGAUUGGCUGCUGGGCUGCAGUACCCCGCCCACUGCCCCAAGUAUGAAGAACGAUGUUAAGUCCGAGCCUCUGAACAGCAGUGAGGCUGUGAGCUCGGCGGGAGACACUGGGCUGGACACCUACACUGGGUCAGUUAUAAGCAGCAGUGGAUUCAGCCCCCGGCCGGCUCACCAGUAUUCACCUCCUCUCUACCCCUCAAAGCCUUACCCCCAUAUCCUGUCUACUCCCGUGGCUCCUCCCAUGUCUGCCUACACGGGCCAAUCACAGUUCAGUAGCAUGCAGCAGUCGACAGUUUACACGCCCUACUCUCAAACUACUCCACCCUACAGCCUCUCUACCUACGAUUUGGGGGUGAUGUUACCAGGCAUAAAGACAGAAGGAGGGUUGUCACAGACCCAAUCAACCCUCCAAUCAGGGCUCAGCUACAGCCCUGGCUUUACCACCCCUCAGCCCGGACAGACAGCCUACUCACCCUAUCAGAUGCCAGCAGGGUCAGGUUUCACAACCUCUCCUGGUCUCUACACUUCCAACAACUCCAACCCAGGCAACUUCACCACACAACAGCAGGAAUACCCCUCCUAUACAACUUUUGGGCAGAAUCAGUAUGCUCAGUAUUACUCCACCUCCUCCUACGGUUCCUACAUGACAUCUAACAGCUCAUUGGAUGGCACAGGCUCAGUCUCCACCUAUCAGCUGCAAGACUCCGCUCCCAUCAUCACAGGGCAAGCAGCUGACCUGAAUCCAGGCGAGUUUGAGGCGGGGCAGAGCCCGUCCACACCUAUCAAGGAGAUGGAGGACCGGGCGUGCCGAGGGGGUGGGGCUAAAGCAAGAGGGCGGGGCAGAAAGAAUAACCCCUCCCCACCACCUGACAGUGAUCUUGAGAGGGUGUUUGUCUGGGAUCUGGAUGAGACGAUCAUUGUGUUUCACUCACUCCUCACAGGCUCCUAUGCACAGAAAUAUGGCAAGGACCCUCCUCUGGCUGUGACUCUUGGUUUAAGGAUGGAGGAGAUGAUCUUCAAUCUUGCGGAUACACAUCUAUUUUUUAAUGAUUUAGAGGAGUGUGACCAGGUGCACAUUGAUGACGCCUCUUCAGAUGAUAACGGACAGGAUCUCAGUACUUACAGUUUUGCCACUGAUGGCUUCCAUGCAGCUGCGACAAGCGCAAGUCUCUGCCUAGCAACAGGUGUUAGGGGCGGAGUCGACUGGAUGAGGAAGUUAGCCUUCCGAUACAGAAGAGUCAAGGAGUUGUACUGCACCUACAAAAACAAUGUGGGAGGAUUGCUGGGGCCGGCUAAGAGAGAGGCGUGGCUCCAGCUGAGGGCAGAGGUUGAGGCUCUCACAGACUCAUGGCUGACCACUGCGCUCAAGUCCCUGUCAAUCAUCAGCUCCAGGAGUAACUGUGUUAAUGUCUUGGUGACAACGACACAGUUAAUACCUGCGCUCGCGAAGGUGCUGUUGUAUAGCCUGGGCUCCGUGUUUCCCAUUGAAAACAUAUACAGCGCAACCAAAAUAGGCAAAGAGAGUUGCUUUGAGCGCGUUAUGCAGAGGUUUGGCAGGAAGGUAGUGUAUGUUGUUAUUGGGGAUGGUGUAGAAGAGGAGCAGGCCGCUGCCAAGCACAACAUGCCCUUCUGGAGGAUAUCCAGCCACUCUGACCUGCUUGCCCUCCAUCAAGCACUGGAGUUCGAGUACCUGUAACACUCGACACCUGUAUCAUAGGCCUUUUUUUGUACAACUAUUUAAGAACAAGAGUACACUGCAAUCUCUUUUUAUGUUGUUGUUGUUGAUGUUGUCUUUUUGAUUAUUUUUAAGAAAAUUCUGGCUUUUAAGAUAAUUCUGCACUGUCUUAAGAAGACUAGGACAGACUAGUAUAAGGGAAAAUGGGAUUAUAAUGGUCAAACCAGGCUUGUAAAGAGCUUACUAUGGUCUUACGUCACACACUGCAUUUCAUGUCUGAAUGAAGCGAGUUCUUCCAGGGUUAAGAUGACUGCAUAUAUCCACACUCAUCUACAGGAACUUUAUCUCUGUCUGUACUGUAGACUUCAUCUCCACUUAAACAACUCAAGCGCUGUACUCUAACAAGGAGCAUUUAGAAUAGACACACAACUCAUGUAAAUUAUUUUACAGGAACUAGAUUAAACACUAAAGGACGCUGUGUUUUCACAUGGUAUCGUUUUGAUUUUGUCUUUUUUUUUUUUUUUUUUUGUAAGUUUUUGGCAAAAAAAAGUCUGUGUAUAAUUUGUUGUGCCUUAUAAGAUGUUUCGUGUGUCAGUUUUUAUUUUGAGAAUGUAUGUAGAUAAACGAAAAAUGUAAACAUUUGAGAUUUUCUUGAGUUCUCUAUUUUCUAAAUGUUAAAAAACACUUAAUCUGCUGUCUAUACUGGUGCCUCUGAAGGAAAGACAUUUACAAUCCAAAGAUUUUUUUUUUUUUUUUAAUUUGUGAGGAAACGCUCAUUUGUAUUUUGAUUCAAGUCAUGACAGAUGGAAAGAAAAGCAAAAUAAAAGUCAAGCAUCAGAAAAAAAACUUUUAAA